AUACUAACCUCUUUUGACUCGUGUAGAUCGCUGACGAAACGAUUUUCACAGGAACGUUGUCCCAAGGCUCUCGACAUGAAUCCCUUCGAGGACGAGCAUGAUAAUAAUCCCAACGACGAGCGCCUGGAUCGAGCACUCGCAGAUCGUGGCGCCCCACUCGGAAAUGUCAAAGAGCUGAGCCCAUGGAGACUGGGUGACCCACCCAAGACUGACCAAGAGAUGUUGGAAGCCAUCUUCUAUCCGAACGGAGUUCCUAAGCCCGAGAUGGAACCAGUUUCGGAUGAGAUCAUUAACGCACGACUUGCUGCCUUCCCUAGUGCUCCGAAAAAAGACGUGGCUUCUGGGAAUGAUAAUGAUGCUAAGCAUGCAUCUUGGGUGGCGUUGCAGGCCGCGCCCGCUGUCCCGAAGCAGGAGACACCUCUUGACCACACCACGGGCCUUAAUCCAGGUGAAAUCUUGGGCACGGGCGCUGGAAUAACAGUGAAAGGUGCUGAUACUAAUGUCUUCCCUGAGCCCGCGCCGCUGCCCUCUACUCUUAAGACACUCGACACUUCUUACCCUGGCUCACCCAAUGACCACUCACCUGGUAAGCGCACAACUUCAGCAACCGAACCACCAGAGCACACCGCUGAGCACGACUCUUAUAAAGAGGCCGAUCUCACAUACAAACUCUUUGUUAUGUCGACCUCUAUGAUUCAGGAGUGCGAUGGUACGAUCACUUCGCCUAUCCCUGACGUUGGUGACGAAGUUGGCGACGACAAUUCUCCUCUGAUUAACUUGCCAGACUCCCCUGCUGCUUCUUCGGCCUCGGACUCAACAAAGAGGAACGACAUUCACUCCGUCUGGUCCGGCACCCAGACCAAGGGUCUAUCUGCUGUGAAGCCUAGGGUUAAGGAGGGUAAAAAUCAAGCCUAUCCGCCUAUCCCUGUCUUCGAUGGCAAUUCUACCGAGAUACAAGCGUCGAAAAAACCGGUUUUUCUCUCGAUUACGACCAAGAAGGAUCUCAAUCACUCCGUCUGGUCCGAGACGCCUGUCAAACUCUCAUCUGUUGAGAAGUCUGCAGGCAUGACUGAAGUCAACUGGUUGAAGACGUUGGACGGUGUUACGACUCCCGAGUACGAUGGCGAGUGGGAAGAUUCGCCGUCUCGAGGUCCAGUCAUGACGCAGAAGCUCCUCGAGGGGCCUGCAGUUGCUGAUCCGGUUUCCGCCACGACAAAAACUUUUGACAUUCGACAGGCCUCAGUGAUCGUGUCGGAUCCUACCGUCGCUAAGCCUGCUGUUUCGGCAUUGGAGGAGCAGCUGGCAGAUAAUUUAGAGGAGAUCGAGCUAGACUCUGACCUGGAGUCCCAUGUUCAGGAGGUUGUGAAGAAGCCUGUCCAAAAGCGCACCACGAAGCUUUCUGUCGCCGCGGCCGUGAAGGAGAACAUCCCUGAAGGUUCUACUACGGUGACUCUUCGGGAGCGUUCAACGGGUGCGCGUCAGCCCCUUGCACCAAAGACGCCUAUUGCUUCUCAUCCGUACUCACAAAACACGGUCAAUGCCAAGUUCAUUCCACUUUCCAAGCUGGAAACACCCACCGGCGCGUCCCCCAUGCCAACGUUCACUCAGGUGAAAGCCCAAGCUGGUCGCAACUUGAAGCGUGGCAGCGCACGUGCACCAGCUCAGCCCAAGUCGUCCAAGUCCCCAAUUGAUAGCGACGAGAACCUCGUCGACGGUGAGUACGCGGACGUGUCCAUGGACAUGCUCGACUACGAGAUGGGCAAUGCUGGGUCGACGGACUACCCGACGUACCAUUUCCCCGGUACGUACGAGGCUGCUAAGUAUGACACAAUCGAAGCAACCAAGAACGUCUCUUCCGCUGCAUCUUCCUUCAGCAGCGCUCUUGGUAUGGCUGGUGUCGGUAAAGCCAUGUGGUCUGUCGGUACAUUGGUCGGACGUGGCGCGCGUGGUACUGCGAAAGUCAUAGCAACUACUGCUACCAUGGGAGCGAUCAAGCUCGGCUACAAGGAGUCUCUUCCCGCGCAUGUUGCGCAGUGGGCGGAGGAGACGUCCCUCAACGAGGCUCGGAAGGCAGAGAAGAAGAAGCCGGUCUACAAGAUGGCGGAUGUCCAGUACAACAAGGGCGAUCCACGUAACUACGUCCUCAACAAGGACCGAUCUAUCAUGCAGGAUAAAUCAGUCGACAUUGACGAUGAUCUUGACGAAGAUGAUUGGGCCAUGGUGAACGUGAAGGACGGCGCCGAAGAGCCGUUAGAGCAAGCAGGCGGACAAUUGCCCACCGAAAAUCAAGACGGACCGCGUGACUUGUACUACGAGUCUAUCAUGUCGGCUGUCGAGAGCACCGCAAUGGUGACGGUGGGCGUGGCCAGCCGCGUAGGCCGCAACGUUUCCCGCGUAGUUCGCACAGUUCGUGCCCAGCCACACGACUACUUCGAACAGCGCAAGAUUGCCGAGAACUGGCCCAAGAACCUCGCAGAGUUGGAAGUUCGGAACAAGGUCGAGCGCCGACAAUCUAUCCCUCGUCAUCUAGACCCUGAUUUCGAGAAAGUUCGAGAUCCUCGCUAUCACAAGCCGCUUUACAAGCGCGCCACCGUUUCCGAUCCUGACGACGUUCAGGAUGACUUCGAAAAGAUGGUACUCCCUGACAGUGAUGAUGAGUUGAAGGACUAGCCAGGAGGGGGCUCGUUCGCUUCUGACAGGGUCGCCAUCGCCUACACUGUCACUUCACCACUUGUACAACAAUAUAGCGACACUUUUCGGAAUUGGGAUCAUCUCCAAACAGUCAUUCAUCAAAUCAUCAGUCUUCUAACACCUUUUGUAAGGCAAACCGGCGAUGUUCAAUUCAUGGAAGCCAUCGGCAUUCUUUUCAUUGUUCUUUGUUUUGUCAACUUGUAGCCAGAGCUCAGAUUCGGGUUAAGAUUCUGCAAUUCGGCGUAUCAUGGUUUCAGGAAUGUUGGAUACGUCAGUCGUGGAUAUUCAUGAGCAUCAUCUUGCUGGACGAAGCCGGGGCUACUCACCGUCUUAUUGACACUGAUUUACUCCUUAAAAGGCUGACAGCGGUUUUUGUAUUGUUUAGCAUUGUUACUGG